GUAAAGGUUCCUUUUGUAAAAGAGUUCAGCGUAUGAAUAUAGAAUAAUUCCCCAAGCGCGGCGGCACUUGUUUUUGAGUCAGGCGGUGAGCGGGCAGACCCGGAAGCCUCUGUGCUUGGAUGUUGUGACUGGGGAGAGAGGAAGCCGGAGUAGGAAGAGCCAGGCUAGCAGCGGGGCCCCAGCACUGUACACGGACCUCUCGCCUUCCUAUCGCCCCAGCAUGCCGCUCUUCGGCUCUAAUCCCUUUGAUCAGGAUGUGGAAAAGGCCACAAAUGAAUACAACACCAGUGAAGACUGGGGACUUAUUAUGGACAUCUGUGACAAAAUCGUUAACACUCCAAAUGGUGCAAAAGAUGGCCUCCGAUCCAUAAUGAAGAGAGUCAAUCACAAAGUUCCACACGUGGCUUUGCAGGCUCUGACUCUGUUGGGGGCCUCUGUGUCAAACUGUGGGAAGGCUUUUCACUUAGAGAUCUGCUCCAGAGAAUUUGCUAGUGAAGUGCGUGGUGUUAUUUCAAAGGCGCACCCCAAGGUAUGUGACAAACUGAAGGCUUUGAUGGUUGAAUGGGAACAAGAGUUCCAGAAGGAUCCCCAGUUUAGUCUUAUAUCUGCCACCAUCAAAUCCCUGAAAGAAGAAGGGAUAUCAUUCCCAUCAUCAACACCCCAGAGCACUUCAAAUACCCCGAAGAACUCUGCAUUACCCGCUAAAAGCAAAGAGGAGGACGAUAUCGCUAAAGCCAUUGAGCUGUCGUUACAAGAGCAUAAACAGCAGUCAACCGAGACCAAAACCUUGUACCCAUCUGUGGAUGCCCAGCAUGACAGCCAGAAGAUGGCAAGGAAGGUUCGGGCACUGUACGACUUUGAAGCAGUGGAGGAUAAUGAGCUCACGUUUAAAAGCGGAGAAAUCAUUAUUGUUUUGGAUGACAGUGAUGCCAAUUGGUGGAAAGGCGAAAACCACAGGGGCGUUGGACUUUUUCCAUCUAAUUUUGUCUCUUCAUCUUUAAACAUGGAACCAGAGGAAGUGUUAGAAAAGAACCCUGUCCUAGAGGAAAUUCCAGAAAGUGCUCCAAAAGCCGAACCUGAGCCUGUAUUUAUUGACGAGGGCAAAAUGGAUCAUGCCUUACAGCUGCUUCAGAGCAUUGAUCCAACAGAUCCCAAGCCUGACUCUUCUGCUCUUCUGGAUUUAGAAGACGUCUGCCAGCAGAUGGGCCCCAUGAUCGACGAUAGGUUACAAGAGAUUGACAGGAAACAUUCCGAGCUCUCAGAACUAAAUGUGAAAGUAAUGGAGGCCGUAGAGUUAUACAAUAAGUUAAUGAAUGAAGCUCCUAUGUAUUCUGUGUAUAACAAGCCCCAGGCACAGGGUCAUUACCCUGCUGGGGUAUCUAUGCAGAGUUAUCACAGCCAGGCACAGGGCGGCAGCUAUAUGGUGCAGAGUAUGCCCCAGGUACAGCCGGCGACACUCCCCCAAGGAUACAGUAUGGCCUCGGAUCAUAUUGGACCCCUGAGGUCCUUGCCACCAACUCUCAACUCUACAGUAACAACACAGGCUGCCCAGCCGCCCUAUCCGAGCUCUGGUCAUGACGCAGUUUCAAACUCCCCAUAUUUAAACCAGAGUUCCGCCCUCCAUUCAGCCGCAGGGCUUCCUGCUUACAGCCAGCCAAUGGGCAUGUCGUCCGAUGCAUCAGCCUAUCAAAACACUACAUCUGCUCUGCCACCGGGAUACUCCGUGACGGCUCCUCUCCAUUCAAUCGCUCCGCAACCCCAGAACUACUACCAGCAGCCUCUGCUCUGAAACAGAACCCCUGAGAGUGAAUACAAGUCGGAUGUGUGUUAAUUCCCAGUCUUGUAACUCAUAUCACCGGCUUUCAUGGUAAACACAGACACAUAGGAAAUAUGCAUUGUUAGUCUAACGGACCAGGAACCAGCCUGAGAUUCCAACAAUACAAUGGUGCUCCAUUCCCUCUGGGAUAAAUGCACUGCUCUCCUUUUCCCUAGAUCCCAAGCUGCCUCCGUACAAUUAGCCUGAUCAUACUCUGCCUCGUUACUAAUGAGCUGCCGGUGCAUAGGGGUACACGCUAAUUAGCGCAGCCUUCAUUGUAUUGCAUACAAAGGUUUAUAAAUAGGAAAGAAAAGCCUUUCCUUGGCAAGUAGAACUGCCCACUGACUUCUCACUUCUGCCAUAAGGUCAGUUUCCAUAGAGAACUGAUGGACGGAUGGUGAUGGAAGUUCUAGUUCAACAGCCUGUGGAACACCACAGGAGUCCAUGCAAUAUGGGUUUAAUGUUAAAAGCGGCACAAUUCUUAGAGCAUAUAUGGCAUCUCCUGUGGGAUUUGAUCAACUCACAGGCCCAGUUGGGCUGCUUUGUGCAUGGGCUGGCGCUCUCCUAUAUCUAGAUCACAUCCAGAACAGGCCACUAGACUUUCAUGGCAGCUUACGGGUUGAGGGUAGGAGUUUGUUUUGCAUUGCUCACUGGGUAUGGCAUAGCUAUGUAUAUGUGUAUGUUGCUUUCUUCUGUUAUUUCCACACAUGGCACUUAUGACAGUGACUGCAUGAUGGUGUCUACAUUAAACCAGUCUCCCCAAAUACUUUUGUUGAUAUUUGUGAUGUAUAAAUGUUGUUUUUGUAUUCAUUUCCUGCUGAGCUUGUGAUCAUGAAUCCUUUGCCAAUGCUCUGCCCUCACAGCAUCUCCGCUGUCUCUAAUGCCAACCUGUGUCCUGACAUGCACCGUGGGGCAGCCCAUUUAAUGCCGGGGCUGGUAGGAGACCCUUUCCCAGUACUCUCCUAACAGGAUAAUGCAGUCACUGACACCCCAGCGUACAUAGGUACAGGCUAAGUUCCCCUUUACUGGUCAGGAACAUUGCGUUCAUUCCGGCUGUUCAUGUCAUGACAUCUCCUUUACCCUCGAUAAUGUGCAGAAUACCCGAGUGUUGUUGGAAUCUCACCCUAUUACACCUAAUACCCCAUGCUGCAAAUGCACCUCUUUUCUAUAUUGAAACAUAUUUUUUGCUUGUUAUGUUCUCUAAAGCUUGUGUUGGGCCCCAUUUCUGUGUCGUGGCCCUGGGUUUGGCCCAUAUUAAAGCCGCCUUAUUAUUAUUAUUGCUUUAUUUUCCUUGACGACCAUCUGAAUAGACGGCAAACGGCAGAAGCGGCCACGUGAUGCCCAACGCCGUGCCAGCUGCUGGAUGGGGCUUGUGUGUCUUUCUUAAUGAUACAUUUUUUUAAUAUAAAAUAGAUAAAUACGCUGAUUAUGGAUAGAACUGAUAGCACCUUAGAGUCCAAUGUACAGACCUCUUCAUCACAUCAAUGUUUCUUUUUCUCAGUCCACUGGGUGUUUCAUUACAUAACUCCCAUACUGGUGUGGUGCUAACCAAUAACAUCAUUCACUACAUAGCUGAUCUUGUGUGUAGUGAUCUGAUUGGUUAGUUAGAUUAUUGUACUCUCUCAGCAUUGGAGGCAAUGUCUCAUUGGAGCAGAGCUUAGUGCCCUGCAAGGGGAUGCCUUGUGUAGCCUAUAGAUGGCGCUAUGUUUCCCUGUAAGUCAAACAUGGAUCCUACAGCUGUUUCCAAACUACAACUCCCAGCAUUUAACAGCAGCCAAGGCACCUUUGGGAAGGCUGGCAGUUAUAGCCCCCCCCCCCCCCCCACACGCCGCUAAUCUUUGUUUUAUUUUUUGUUUUGUAUUUGUUUCCAUAUCGAAACGUGGCUGGUUUCAUUGAUUUGUGAUUGGAGGAAAUUAAGUCUGCGUCAAAAUGCUGGAGCGUCGCGCCUUCUAACGGAACCGUUUCUAAAGCGUUAACCAACAGCCGUAGUCCUUUCUGGUAUAUAAACUAUAAAUAGUGUAUAUAGACAGUUGUCUAUGUGAGAUUUUAUAUAUACUGCUGCAUAAUCCAUUUCUCUUGGGAUGGGGGGGGGUCAUUACAUUUGUAUAAAUGGCAGCAGUCAGUUCCGCCUUAUUUUUGGUUUUUUUUUUUGGAAAUGCUUAAUUGUAAUCUAAUCAGCUAAUUUUCUCUGUAGAUAUUGUGAGGAUCCUUGUUAAUGGGUGAGGGGGGGUUGUUUUUCCCUCUGAACAAUACUAAAUUGUUAUAUUUAUUUUACAGACUGUUCCCAAUUAAAGAUUUUGCUGCCAAA